AUUAGAUGGAAAGGAAAGAAUAACACAUUAAUUUGAGAACUCUGGAGACACAAACCCUCAGCCCUUCUGUCUCACCAUCAUGAGGUUUGAGGAGAUCUUGGAUAAUGUUGGUGGGUUCUCCAAGUUCCAGUUCCUGGUCCUGCUUAUCUUGUGUCUUCCCCGUGCCAUCCUUCCACUCCACUUUCUCCUGCACAACUUCAUCUCAGUCACACCAUCUCACCGCUGUUCCCUUCAGAGUACACAAGAAAAUGAGAAGGACAGCUGGGACUCUGAGGUGCUUUCCCUUAGGAUUCCCCGCCAGGACGAUGGCUCCUUUAGCUCUUGCAGGAUUUACAGUCCCCUUCCAGCCUUUAACAUCAGCCAAGGAAACCAGUCUGUACCUUGUCCACAGGGAUGGGUCUACGACCAGUCACAGUUUCUUUCUACAACUGCCACAGAGUGGGAUCUGGUGUGCGACAACAAACACCUGAAUCAAGCUCUGGCUACUUAUUUCUUUCUUGGGGUCACAUUUGGAGCCAUUCUGUUUGGACAGCUUUCUGACAAGUUUGGUCGUAAGUCAAUGAUUCUGGUGUCUUUCAUUGCCUCCACAAUAUUAGGAGCCACUUCUGCCUUCUCCACUUCCUACACUAUGUUUGCAAUCUCCAGAGCAGUCUGUGGUGCAGCCCUCAGUGGGAUGUCAAUCAUUGGUGUGGUCCUCGGUAUUGAAUGGACAGAUAUAAAGCACCGUACCUUUGCUGGUACUGUUAUGAGUUUAUCUUGGAGUUUUGGGAACAUGUUUCUGGCCCUGCUGGCCUACUAUAUACGAGACUGGAGGCAUUUGACUUUAGUGGUGACAGCGCCCUGCAUUACUGCCAUCAUUCCCUGGUGGUGGCUUCCUGAAUCAGCCCGGUGGUUGCUGGCUAAUGGGAGAGUGGAGGAAGCCAAGAAGUAUCUGAUUCAGUGUGCUAAAGUCAAUGGGAAGAAUGAAUACAUAUCCAAACUGGAUAGUGAGGUUCUGGUGAAGGUGACAGUUUCUGAGGUGGCUGAGAAGAACCACUCCUAUCUGGAUUUGGUCAAAACACCUAAGCUGAGGAAGAUCACACUUGUCUCUGGAUUCUUCUGGUUUGCUGUUGCUUUCCUGUACUAUGGGAUUAGUUUCAAGAUCUCAGGUUUUGGAGUCAAUAUCUACCUCACUCAGUUCAUCUAUGGUGCCAUUGAAGUUCCUGCCAAAGUCUUCGCCUUCUUCGUCUUGGACUGGAUUGGUCGACGAAAUGGCCAGGCGUGGUUUCUAAUCAUAACAGGAUCUCUGGUUGGAAUAAACACAUUCAUUGCUCUAGAGUUCUCUGUGCUUCGUACGUGCAUUGCUGUUGUGGCAAAAGGUUUCUCCGAGGCAGCUUUCACCACCGCAUUCCUUUAUUCGGCUGAACUCUACCCAACUGUCCUCAGGCAAUGUGGUAUAGGUUACACCUCGUGUAUCUGUCGGAUUGGGAGUUCCCUGGCUCCACUGAUCAUGCUGCUGGAUGAUGUCUGGCAUCUUCUGCCCCCUCUGAUCUUUGCUGGCACUGGAAUUAUCAGCGGCAGCUUGGUCUUCCUGCUCCCAGAGACACUCAGUGUCCAUCUGCCUGAAAACAUUGUUGAUGUUGAAGAGGGAAGACACAUGCAGGCUGAUGCAAAGGAAGAUGCAGAGAUUGAGCUGGUAAACUGUACAGAGGCAGCAGAGUCGAAAGAAGACUGAUCAGCUGCUG